AUGUCUAGAGCCCUAUCACCGAAUUCAUCAAUCACAGGCGACGACCAGAUCAGGCGUCGUUCUGUGUUUUAUAUACCACUGUUCGAAAGCUUCGAUAAUUAUUUACCGUUGACGCCGGAGGAAAAAGAUGCUAUAAUAUGUGGAUUAAAUAUCGACGAAAUUCCUACGAAACCGAAAAGAAAGAAUGCAUCUGAAUCUGGUGGAUUACAAAUACAUGGAGAUGGGACAUUCGUAGAGAGUGAAAAUCACGUGAGCAUUUUAAGCCCUGGAAGGCGAUAUGGGCGACCUUUGUCAUCAAGAGUAAGUUCAAACGAAACCCUACCGAGAGAAUGCCAGCGUGAUCUCACGAGUCCGAAACUUGUCGCUGAAAGCAAUAUCAUAAGGCAUUCGAAGCCAAGGCUACGAAGUACAACAUCAUGUGAGCCUCGCUACGAUAGAAUAUAUUCACCUUUAGGAACUUCAGUGUCAUCUAAUAAAUUGAAUACGUCAACUUCAAGUAUCAGCGCCAGAUUACCUUCAAAACAUCCUAUACGUAAUUCCAAUUUAUCGUUAAUUCCCGAUUCUCCUAAGCUUCUCUCACCAAACAAAGAAAAAUCAAAAACAUUGCCACAAAACCUAAAUGCUCCAUCACCGAUACGAGGGAGUUCAAGUUCUACUUCUAUUUUUAGAACACCUAAAAUAACGGUUACUCCAGAAAGUCCAAACAAGAGUCCAGGGAAAAUAUCAGGCUUAAAUUUUAUUAGGCGAUCCCGAAGUACAAAAUUAUCAAGAAGUAAUUCAUUGCUUCGAAGUAUAACUGCGAGGCAUAUAGAAGAAGGUCUCGAUGAUAGUGCGACUAUAGUGACUGACUUGUUCGACAAUUAUGAUAAGUUCAUCGAUAAUAAUGGUGGCGAAAAAGAAGUGAUUUGUGCUCUUAUAAAGAAGAAUGAAGAACAAGUUGCGAAUAGUCCUCUUAGUUUACGUCGAGCUUAUUUAGAUGUAGAAGACGACGUUGCUGUCCACUCUGAUACAUCUUAUGAAAAAGCAUGUCGGCGUGGUUCGGCGCCCAGUACGCCGGUGCCCGGCGCUCAGGCGCAACACAGCCCCUCUCGCUUGGCUUCCUUUUUCUUCUCCAAGAGGUCGUUCAGAAGCAACCCUCUCAAACGGACAAAAUCCAAUACAAAGUUGGAGAGAGAGCGGGCGUUAGCGACGGUACAAACGCACCCAGCUUCACAUGCAUUACGGACGUCUAGAUCUCAUGAAAGUCUUUUAUCAGCACAUUCACCGGCGGUGUCCACGAUGGAUCUCGGGCCCCCCAAUCAGGUAGAAAUACGGUCACUACACUCGUCUGUUUUAGGCAGGCCACAUUGUUUCGCUUUAAGUGCGGAGAACAGAGCGCCGCGGUAUUUUGCGUGUGCUUCACGAAAAGAACGAGAUCGCUGGAUAUACAGUUUACGGCAAGCGGCGCGACCAGAUGAAAUACGGACGCGGCGGUGUGAAAGGACAGUCAAAUUGUGGUUAUUAGAAGCUAAAGCCAUCCCGCCUAAAAAACGAUACUACUGCGAGAUACUUCUUGAUGAUACAUUAUAUGCGAGAUCGUCAUCGAAACUUAAAACGGAGCUGUGUUUCUGGGGCGAAGUAUACGAGUUCAGCGGUCUGCCGGCCGUCCGCGCCAUACACGUCAACGUGUACCGCGAACCAGAGCGGCGCGCGCGAAAACGAGACAAACACGCCCUUGUUGGAACGGUACGUAUCCCAGUCGACGACGUAUCAUCAAGAUACCUCAACGAGCGAUGGUACCCCAUCAGCGAGGACAAGCCGCAGUCGCCGGGGCGCGCGCCCGCGCCGCAGCCCGCGCUGCGCAUCAAGUGCAGGUACCAGUGUGUGGACGUGCUGCCCCUGGACAGCUACGCCAGGUUCCUGGACUACCUUAAGAAGAAUUAUAAACGGCUUUGUGAAUAUCUAGAGCCGGUUAUUGGAGUAAAAGCAAAAGAAGACAUCGGUUGUGCGCUAGUGCUAUGCAUGGCGGGCGCAGGGCUGGCGCCGCGGUACCUCGCGGACGUGGUGGCGCUGGACGUGCGCCGCACCGGCGACCACUCGCUCACUUUCCGUGGCAACUCCUUGGCAACUAAGAGCAUGGAGGCCUAUCUAAAGUUGGUCGGCGAUCAGUAUCUACAGGACACGCUGGGCGAGGCGGUGGCGGCGGCGGCGGGCCCGGGCGCGGAGUGCGAGGUGGACCCGCAGCGCGCGGGUGGCGCGGCGGCGCUGAGGCGCCAGCAGGCCGCGCUGCGCGACGCCGUGGCUCUCGCCUGGCAUGCCAUCGCCGCCUCCGCGCCGCGCUUCCCGCCACCGCUCAGGGACUGCUUCGCUACCUUUAGAGAAAGGCUAUCGUCUAUGGGGCGAGAAGAUAUAUCAGACAACUUGAUCAGCGCAUCCAUUUUCCUUCGUUUUCUUUGUCCUGCUAUUCUCUCUCCAAGUCUUUUUGGAAUAACUCAUGAAUACCCGAACGAGCGUGCCGCGCGCAACCUGACGCUGGUGGCGAAGACGCUGCAGACGUUGGCCAACUUCACGCGCUUCCAGGGCAAGGAGGCCUUCAUGGAGUUCCUCAACGACUUCCUCGAACAGGAGGCGCCUAAUAUGAAAGCCUUCCUUAGAGCUAUCUCUACCCGACCGCAAGAACAGCAACAACAACACAUGCAAACCCAACAACAACAAGACAGCAAACGUAACUCUUCAACGUCACAGGCAUCGGCCGCCGGCUCCGAAAGUUCUAGAAGCGAAGGCAUAGAAGCGGACCAGGAGUGGGCGCCGCAUGUCGACUUGGGGAAGCAGUUGGCAACAUUACACACACUGUUGGCUGAUAGCCUACCGAAGUUGCCUGCGGGGAAGAUACAGGAGUUGGAUCCAUUGUCCGACAUAUUAGACGAUCUCAACAAAAGAUUAUUGAGUAACGACAACGGACCUCCAGCGCCGACAGGUGAUAAUAUUUUCAGAUUCAAUGAUCCCACGUGCAACACACCGAAAAAACAAAACGACGUUCCGACAAAUGCUCCGAUCAAUAGCAACUUUGCUCACAGCUCACCUAUCAUGAACAAAAACGGCGUGCAAUUCAACAUAAGCCCAUCCAAAUCCAACGCAGAAGACUCAAAGUACAAGGGAUCUUUCGUAACAGUUUCUAAAUCACCUAGCUUCAAUUUACGUUCAGCGACGCUCCCGAGAAAUGGAUACGGAUCGAGUCCAGUCAAUCAAAACGUGAACCCUGAUAGAUAUAGCUCUCAGUACAACAACCAAGAACAUUGUGUCAAUCUAAAGGUCGUACAGAUUGGCUUCGCCUCUGAUCAGUAUCCCAAAGGCAUUAGUAAUGGACUAAACGAAAGCUUGGAAAGACGGUUCCAGGAGAGAUACAAGCCGAAUAACUUCAAUCAACAACAGCACUAUCACAAUUCAAAUUAUAAUAGCACAGAGAGGUCACCUAGCAGCGAUAGUAUCAAUCAUAACUAUUGCGCCAAUGAUUUGCAAAAUAUGAAAGAAACCGCUAAUUUAGAUGAGUUAUCCGACUUAUUUAAAUAUGCGGACGAUUCUGAUAUAGUUGAUGAGAAGAUUAUGAACAAAAAGAACAUGUCCCAAUCAAAAACGAAUAACAACAACAUAAUAAAUGGUAACAAAAAUCCCUACACGAAUAACGGUUCGAACGUAUCAAUCAGCGGAUUGUCGAACGUCGCGAGCUCUGGAUAUCAGAGCAUAGCGACGUACAGCCAAAGUUCUAGUCCUAUAGAGAGUACUACGCACCAUCACCAACCGUACGAAAAUGGAGGACAGUCCAUGACCCGUUACUCACAGCUGAAUUACCAAAAACAGAGAGACAAGCAGUAUUAUGAUAAUAAAAACGAAAAAUUCUACCCAAAGAGCCCAGUGCAACAAAAAAUUGAAUACGACAUUCAAAAGUAUGGUAUACAAAAUUUCACAACCGCCGAUACUACGCAGAGCAACACAAAUGCAAACACAAAAGUAGCUCCUCUAGUCUUUACAAAUCCCGUCUACAAUAUGGAGGAUAAUCGACCACCACAAGAGGUUAAAGUUAAUGAGAAUAGGAACUCCAAGCGAUGUCCUUGUGGCUCAUCCAGUUCAUCCAUCGAUGAGGAGGGUUUGAGCACAGACAACGUGGAGACUAAUUCCGAAGAAGGUUCCACUAAUUUUAACGACGACAGCCGGAAUUAUGACCAACAGAAUCGCAACAAUACCCACCGAAAACUUAUCAGAGAUAACUACGAAGAUAUAUAUCAGAGAAGUAAUCACAGCCCUAGGAUUAGAGACGACGAAUCUUCUAGCAAUUCGCCGAGCUUAAGGAAAAGCAAGACGCGUAUGCCCCGAACCAACCCAAUGCUCUCUUAUUCAACAAAUCAAAAUCAACUUAACCUAAAACACUUUGGUCAAAGAGGAGAAUCGUUGUAUGAAAGCAAGCCGCAUCAUAUUUCUACAGAUUCCGGCUAUCCGAUGAGUCGGUCCGACUCGAAUGUGGAAGAGGUUAAUAAAGAAAUGUACAGACUACAAAUAUCACGAUCUCAAAAGGCAUUCUACAAUAUGGAAAGUUCUAAGAACUCGCCGGAUAAAUGUUUAACAGAGAAUACGAUUCCGGAAACGAACUAUCCCCUGGAUAGGACAUAUUCCGGUGCCAAGGUCUCAAGCAGUCGGCUAAAUGAGGAUUUAGAGAGACAUCAAGGUCACCAAGAUUAUUAUAGUGGCCGAAUGGACUCUCCUUCUCGAAUGUUCGGUCGCGAUACACAUUCGAGUGAGACGAAUGAGAGGGCAAUAGUGAAGAGUGAGAGAGAGUUACCGGCUAGAGAUAAGUUACAGCGGCGGCUCAGUCUCGAGUCCGCGCGGGAACUGACGGAUAGCUCGGAUGAAGUAGACGACACCUUGUACAGCACCACUGGGAGAAGACGCACCAAGCAUCACAGAACUAUUGAACAGUAUGAACGUGAAAUAGAGAGGCUAAAAUGUUCCGUAGAGAUGUUGCGAGGACGUCUAGGCCCUACCGAAUCCGGACAGGACCACACUGAUGCUAAAAUGAAAGCUAUCAUAUCAAGAUUAAUCUGCGUCGAAGAGGAGCUAAGGCGGGAACAACGCAAAAUGGCGGCCGCGCUCUCCCACAAGCAACGCGUCAUCGAAGCGCAAGAGCACCGUAUCGCCGCACUAGAUGAAGCCAACACUCGUCUCCUCUCCGCGCUAGUGCACUUACAACAGCGCGCCCCUCACCCCGCACCCGCACACAACCCCUCCCACUCACCCCACUCGCAACACUCGCACCAGGAACUUCAGAUA